AUUUUCUAACCUUACUUUUAAACUUCAACCUCUAAAUCAACAAAAAUGAGCAAUUUAAACGAGGGACCAAAAAAAUCAAGCCUAGAACUCAUUUACAGUGGCAUGAUCUUCUUAGAGCAAUUUGUUGAAAAUGUUACAAGCUACUCGUCACGUUACAACAGUAUUUCGAGCAUUCUUUACGCACCGGAAAACUUAACGGGCAAACCUUCCAAGUAUCCCAACUACGGGGACGACCCAAAUAGCUACACUCUCCGGUCCUACGGAAGCUGGUGGAAUCAGAGCGAGGCAGCUCAACCUGCCUAUAUGCCACAAGACGUCGAUCCUAUACCGUCUGAAGAUUUCGUAACUGUUAGAUUUAAGCACGGUGUGUUUCCUGAAAGUAUCUGUAUUUAUGAGACUUACAAUCCGGGGGCUGUUGUACGGAUUUGGGGUCAUAAAAUGGGCAAUCCAUGGGUGCUGUUAUGGCAGGGUGCACCUCAGCUUUGCUUACCUAGCUCUAGACGGUUUUCACCGCCCAUUAGACAAGUUAAGGAACUGAUAAACGAGAUUCGUAUCGAGUUUAAUCAGAGCAUGUUAAGUUAUUAUACAUCGUUGGAUGCAGUUCUGUUAACUGGGUAUCAACCUAAAUCAUUACUGCAGGGUGAGCUGUUACAGAAAGGUCUUUUUGAUUGUUUAGAUGGUUGUGAGUGUGAUGUUAAUAAAUGUACCCCAAUUCAUUCAGGAGGGGAUGGUCUUGACUUGUUUGCAAGUUUACCUUUUGAGGUGAUGGUGCACAUUUUCCAGUAUUUGGAUUUGAAGUCUUUGUGUCGGUGUGCGCAAGUUAAUAAACGAUGGCACUCCAUCACUUUUGACCCUACUCUUUAUCGGGAAAUUAGUUUGAAAAGAUAUUGGAACAGAGUGGAUGAGAUCGUAAUGAAGCACUUCAUCACCAAGUGCCGAAACGUAAAGAAACUAGACAUCUCGUGGUGCGACAUUGAGAAACAGAUUACUGAGCCAGUUUUCAUGGAAUUUUUGGAAAAGUGUUGCCCGAACAUUACGCACCUCUCUUUGGGUCACUGCUUCAGUCACUCUUCGUCAUUGGGCUACCUCGCGAAAUAUGGAGAGCUCACCGAUUUACGUCUACGCAAUUGUAAAUGUAACAUGAAUGAGUACGAAGCACUGUCAAAUUUGAGUAAACUGACUGCCUUAGAUCUGUAUUGCUCCAACAUAUCUGAUGUGUAUUUAAUUAAAAUUUUAAGAGCUAAUCGCGACCUGAAGUAUUUAAACCUUGAUUUGUGUGAGUUGCUCGAAAGGCUCGACGAGGUUACUGAAGUAAUAUCCGUUUUCAAUCCCAAUCUGGUUAUGUGGAGCUCCUGGAAGACACAUUCGAUCACUUCGGACGGUGUUAAAUUCCUGGCGCGGUGCUCGUCUCUAAGGGAGCUAGACCUUGGUUGGUGUCUGCUUUUAAACGAUCCCGGUAACAGUCUUGAGCGAAUAGCGUCAAAUUGCAAACACUUGCGAAGAUUAAUUUUGUGUGGUUGGAGAGGUGUUAAUGAUCAACUGCUAUUGCCCAUAAUUCGAUCAUGUAAAGAGAUUAGGGAAUUGGAUCUUUUAGGGAUGAAGAAUAUAUCUGUGGAUAUUUGUGAGAGAAUUUUGUCUUCAUUACCCAACUUGCGACUAUUAGACAUAAGUUUUUGUGAUUUAAUAAAACCCGAGCAGGUUGUCCUUUGGAGGCAGCACUAUCCAAAUAUUACUAUACAACAAGCGCUGUGAUUUGUACUCACUGGUGGCAUAGUGUUGAGUAUCAACGUAUUAAUUUUGUUUCUUGUAAAGUGUUAGCAAAAGAAUGUAGUAUAUUUUAUUAAGUGUUGCUUUUAUUUUAUGAUUACCAAACUAGGUACCUCAAUACAUGGGCAAGAGCCAAAUAGAUCAAUCACCUCCA